GUUUUGAUUUCCAGAACCCUUCCCGCAUGGACCGCAAUGUGGAAAUGUUCAUGACAAUCGAAAAGACACUAGUUCAGAACAACUGUUUGUCUCGACCCAACAUCUACCUAAACUCAGAUAUUGAGCCCAAGUUGCUGAGUAAACUGAAAGACAUCAUUAAGAGGCACCAGGGUACUGUUACCGAGGACAAGUCAAAUGCUUCGCAUGUUGUUUACCCUAUUCCCGGCAGUACUGAAGAAGAAGAGUGGGUGCGGCCAAUAAUGAAGCGGGAGAAGCAGGUCCUCCUACACUGGGGUUAUUGUCCUGACAGUUAUGAUACAUGGAUCCCAGCCAGUGAGAUCGAAGCAGCAGUCGAAGACCCCCCACCUACUGAGCGACCCAGGAAGGUCCAUGCUAAGUGGAUAAUGGACACCGAUACCUUUAAUGAAUGGAUGAACGAGGAAGACUAUGAGGUGAAUGAUGACCGGGCACCUGUUGUUCGAAGGAAAAGAAUUUCUGCCAAAACAUUAACAGAAGAGGUGCACAGCCCUGACUCAGAUCGGAGAGAUAAGAAGGGAAGCAGUCACAAAAAACGGAAACGUUCCCCUUCUCCUUCCCCGACACCUGACUCCAAGAAAAAGAACACCAAGAAAGGACGCAGUCCUGCCACACCAUAUGCCAAGUCAAAGCGAGGACAUCGAGAGGAGGACCAAGAGGACCUGACCAAGGAUAUGGAUGAACCCUCCCCUGUCCCCAACGUAGAAGAGGUCACACUACCGAAAAGUGUGAACACGAAGAAAGAUUCUGAAUCUGCUCCAGUGAAAGGCGGUACCAUGACUGACCUAGAUGAACAAGAGGAUGAUAAUCUGGAGACUGCAGGCAAGGACGAGGAAGACACUUCUGCUGGAACCAAAGGGGAACAGACAAAGAAUCCUGACUUACAUGAGGACAACGUGACAGAGCAGACUCACCACAUCAUCAUACCCAGCUAUGCAGCAUGGUUUGACUACAACAGUGUCCAUGCCAUUGAGCGACGAGCUCUCCCAGAAUUCUUCAAUGGAAAAAACAAAUCCAAAACCCCGGAGAUUUACCUUGCCUAUCGUAAUUUCAUGAUUGACACGUACCGUCUGAAUCCACAGGAGUACCUCACAUCAACAGCAUGCCGUCGGAAUCUAGCAGGGGAUGUCUGUGCAAUAAUGAGGGUGCACGCUUUUCUCGAGCAAUGGGGACUCAUUAAUUACCAGGUGGAUGCAGAAAGCCGACCGACACCCAUGGGUCCUCCCCCAACAUCGCAUUUCCAUGUGCUCGCUGACACACCUUCUGGCCUGGUACCUCUUCAGCCCAAAGCUCCACAGGCGUCUGCAUCCCAGCAAAUGCUUAAUUUUCCCGAUAAGAGCAAAGAAAAGGCAGCAGACAUGCAGAACUUCGGAUUGCGUACUGAUAUGUACGCUAAGAAAAACGUUCCUUCUAAGAGUAAAGCAGCUGCUAGUGCUACCCGAGAGUGGACGGAGCAGGAGACACUUUUACUGCUGGAGGCACUGGAGAUGUAUAAGGAUGAUUGGAAUAAAGUCUCAGAACAUGUAGGCAGUCGCACACAGGAUGAAUGUAUAUUGCAUUUCUUACGUUUACCAAUAGAAGAUCCAUACCUUGAAGAUUCCGAAGCCUCACUCGGCCCAUUGGCUUAUCAGCCAAUUCCAUUCAGCCAGUCUGGAAAUCCAGUCAUGAGCACUGUGGCAUUCCUGGCAUCAGUUGUUGACCCACGAGUGGCAUCAGCAGCUGCAAAAUCUGCAUUAGAGGAGUUUUCGAAGAUGAAGGAGGAGGUCCCCUCGGCUCUGGUAGAAGCUCACGUAAAGAAAGUAGAAGAUGCGGCUAAAGUCACUGGGAAGGCAGAUCCAACAUAUGGCCUGGAGAGCAGUGGAAUUGCAGGAACCACCCCAGAUGAGCCAGAGCGGUUGGAGGAGGGCAGUGAUGAAAUGAAGUCAGAUUCCCAGCCAGCAGAAGAGAAAAAAGAAACAAAGGAGAAUAAGGAAGCAGCAGGGGAAGAAGAAAAUAAAGAGAAACAGCCGGACUCUUCCAAAAAGGAUGAAGAGAAAACAAAAGAAUGUGAACCAGAGAAAGAAAGUGAAAAGGCUGAAGUAGAAGUCGCAGAGACAGAAAGGGAGAAAGAGAAUAAAGAAUUCCAGGAGGAUGGAGCAAAGAAGGAUGGAGAGUCUGAAACAGAUAAGAAAACAAAACUGGAGAGAGAUAUUGGUGAAGGUAAUCUGUCCACAGCAGCAGCAGCUGCACUAGCUGCAGCUGCAGUCAAAGCAAAGCACCUUGCAGCAGUGGAGGAGCGGAAAAUCAAGUCACUGGUGGCUCUGCUUGUCGAAACACAGAUGAAGAAACUUGAAAUCAAACUCCGGCAUUUUGAAGAACUUGAGACCAUUAUGGACAGAGAAAGAGAGGCACUGGAAUACCAGAGACAACAGCUCCUCUCAGAUAGACAGGCCUUUCACAUGGAGCAGCUGAAGUAUGCUGAGAUGAGAGCACGGCAACAGCACUUUCAACAAAUGCAUCAACAGCAGCAACAGCAGCAUCAGCUCCCGUCUGGCCCCCAAGCCAGUCAGCCACCAGCCAUCAUUCCUACAUCAGUGCAGCCAGUACCACCUGCUGCAGUUCAACAGGGGACUGUGAACCAGGGUUCAGGUGAUUCCAUAGGACAAUCCAUUCCACAACAACAGCAGACACCACCAACGCAGCAACCACACCAACAGCAGCAACCGGCUCAACCUGCAGUUCUUCCUCACGGUCAGCCACCGUUUCCAAGUCAACAAACUCCAAACCAACUGAUGCCCAGUAACAUGCCUGCGAACAUGUCUGAGCAAGGCGUCACAAUGCAGACAGAGGUGAUGGCAACUCCGUCAGCAGCAGUCCCCCCGUCACAAUGAGGUGAAACAUCUGGAGCAAGACACAGCAUUCUAUCGAGAGUGAAUAUGGUGUACUAGUGUGAAGAGGAGUUUGGGUGGAUAUGCUGAGAUGUUCUCAUUCGCAAGUUAAAUGUGGUUAAAAGAAACAGCAAUUCUGAUCAUUAGUGAAGGUAAUUCUGAUGUCAGUAUUGUAAGAGUUGAUAUGUACAAUGGAAAGUGACAAUGCUACACAGACCAAUGUAAAACUCAUUGUAUAAUAUUAUGCUAUUAUUGCUAAUGCAUACACACCAUCCACGCUCUUAGUUUAAUAGACAUCUGACAUCCUUUGAAACUAACUAGGUUCCAUUGCAAAUAUACCAACCUGUCAUUAUUAAUUGGAGUACGCAUGCCCCUAUUCUUUGUUCAAUGCAUUGUUGACUUUUGCCAUUUUCCAUAUUGUGUCGAUUGUGAAAUAUCUCAUUGUGCCAAUUUUGAGGGGGGGGGAUUUGAUGUUGAGAAGACAAUAGCUGGCUGUGGAACUUUUUAUUUUCUUCUUGCUUUACAAUCAGCAGUUUACAUACUAAGCAUUUCUGCUUUUAGCCCUGGUCCAUUGUGUAAGUGUGGUACUAUUGUCCGGUUGGGUUAUGGCAAAGCCAAAGUUCAAAAUUCCAAGUUUUGUGGAUGUGGGACACCAUACUUCAAGACGUUGUCUUCCAUUUUUAUUCAGCGGGUUUUCAAAAUCAUUGUGGUGCAAUGUGAGAUUCGGAAUGAGGCAAAGCAGAAGGAUGGCUGGCCAGUGAAAAGUGGACCAGGGCAGGAAGAUGUGCAGGUAGGGCCAGGACAGGAGCUUUAGCUGAAGUUUGUGUCAACCCCCUGGAAGAAGGAGAUGUUCAGGCUUUAAAUCACCUCAUUCCAGUCCCGUUUCCAAGCCUGUUCUCAUCUGACCUUGGGAAAUAGCUUGACUUCCUUUGGCAUCGAUUGGCUGAACAUGAAACAUGAGUGUUUAAUUUUAGAUAAAAUAAUUUCAAUAAUAAGAGUUCCAGACUGUUCCCUGUGCCAGACAGGUGGCAGCAUUGCAUCUUACUGAUGUCUGUUCAUUUGUUUUCUAGUCUCUGUUGCUUGUGGAACUGAAGAAAACCUUAAUGUCGGAUUGUAUUGUUGGGAUUUAGCCAAGAGCAGCCUGUGGGGAGACUCUCCUGGGUCUUCACCUGGAUACCGCAUCUGAGUGCACUGAUCCCUGGACAGUCAGUAAGCUGGCUGAGAACGUAGACCCAGGGAAAUCUCCCCUCCUGUUUCAGGUUAUUAAAUAUUUUAUUUUAAUCCAGGCAGCUUUUGCAGCCGGCCUUCCUGAAACCAGUGAAAUUUUAACCAAUGGAGAAUGCAUCAAAGUUCCUGACGUCACAGUGAUUCUUUGUGCCCAGAGUAUUGUGGUUGGUUAUUUUGUGGCUGGCUGAAUUAGUGAUAGUAACCGUGGAGGGACUUACUGUUUCCAAAGAAAGAACGAGACCGAUUGUGCUGAUGUUGAAUGAUGGGCCCUGUAUGGUUUUCUGGUCCAGACACCAUUUUGUGGAUUGCUCUGUGGAGAGAGGGGCCCCAAGGCAUCUUAGACCAUGAUCAAGAAGUAGACUCACCAAUGAAUUUGUUGAGCAGAGAGCUCUGAAUGAAAGCCCAUACACAAUUCAAAUCCAGCUUUUAUAUUGCAAGUAAAACCUAACGAUUUACACACAAGUUGGGGGUUUUUUACUCCCCUAUAAAGAGUGGCAGGCAGAAAGCACGACCUGUUUACAAAAAGGGGUCCUAACAUUUUGUCAAAAUGGUGAUAGUUUAGACACCAAUUGGUCACAUUGUCCCCAGAAUAGCAAAAUCUUUGCACAGUCCGAAUAUAUAAUUGCUCAACUCCAUGAGAUUGGGCAGGUUCUGUUUAACCCAGAAAAGUAUCAAGUUUAAAGAUUGUUUUCUUUCUUGUAAUUUUGUUUCUGAAACAAAAAUAGAAAUUUUUAAUCUUAUAAUGGGAUUGUUUUGUAAAUCCCCCUAAAGGGAUUAUUAGCAGACUGACAGCAUUGUUAUUGGGUUAAAGUGUUAGAAACACAUCCAGCUCUUCUUCCCCAUCGCCCUUCCCGGCAACUACACCCCAGACACACACACGACACACACACCUCACACACAGACGCAGACACGCACACCUCACACACAGACGCAGACACGCGCAGACGCAGACACGCACACCCCACACACAGACGCAG